AUGAAAAUCUUUAAUCCUGCAUUGAGUGAUACCCCUUCUAUAAAGAUAGCAACACACAGUUAUACAAACACAUUUUAUCUAAAUAGAAUUAAAAAUGCUAAUAAAAUACGAACAAAAAAGGAACGCCAUCUAGUAGCCUUUUACAUUUCUACAAAGCGCUAUUCAGUACUGAUCAAUUUGAGCAAAAAAUUGUUAAGCACUAAUCGGUUAUCAGAGGGCAAAUUAGCAGUACAUCAAGAACCCACAGAAAAGUACAAGCCACUAAGAAAGAAACUACUAGAAAUAGUGAAUGAAAAUGAUGAAGAUUCUGAAAAACGAUUUAAUACCCUGUUAGACAAGGGUGACAUUUUACAGAAUAUAUCCAUCCUACAGAUAUUAAGUAAAAAAACUAAGAAAUCUUUAACUUCACUGGAUUUUGAUAAUUUUGAUCGAACAUCACUCAAUUCUGUGGGAUAUGAAAUCUUAGAUGAAACAUCAAAGGAAUCAUUGCUAUUCGAUAUCAGUACGUAUGGAAAAUCAAAACAAUCACUAGAAUACGAUAUCAAAGGAGAAGGACAAGAAGUUCGUGAUACCUCAUGUUUCGACUUUGGUUAUGACUUAGAAUCAAUUGGCACUUUUGAUGGUUUUUUUAAAAGUAAUCUCCCGAAAUGCCAUCAUUCAUUGAAAUGUGAUAAGCCGAGGGAAAAAGAACGCGAACCCCCUAAGAAAGAGUCAUCUUCACAUAAAGAAUUUUAUCAUGUACUGUUAAAACCUGUUUUUAAGUAG